AUGUCAAGACUGCCGAUUCUUAUUGCUGAUUUGAAGCCGAAACAGAACAUUUGGAAACUUGCUAUUCACGUUGUCGAUCUAUGGAUCCCAUUUGGAGAUUUCUUAAAUGGUGUUUUUGAUGUUGAUCGAUUAUAUGAUGUAAUUGGUGUUGUCCAACAAAUUCAGAGGACCCAUGUAGCAGGAGCUGGAAAAAAACCAUGCGUAAAUCUUACGUUGUGUGAUGAAUGUGGGACUGAAAUUGAUGUUACACUUUGGGAGACAUUUGUCAACCAGUUUAUGGCUUUCACAUCAGACAAUGGAGCAGUGGUUGUCAUACUAACUCAUUCUUGGUGUUGCCAAAGUUCAUGUAUAUUCCACCCUUUUACAUGUUACCUACAUCAUGACAUUUUGAUUUUACCAUUGCUUGAAGAUGUAUUAAAUUCUUGCUUGCGUCCACUGGAAAACUCAACCUAUCAAAUGCUUAGAAUGGAUCUAAAAUACUUAUCAACUAUGACCAUCCUCAAGUCAUUGAUUUCAAGUCAAAGUAAAUUGUUUACAUACCUUACUUUUAUGUCUCUUCUGCUUGCUCAUUAUGUAUGUUCUCCUUGCCAAAUUUUCUUAAUACUCAGGUCUCAAGACGGUAGGCCAUCUCCAUCCGCUUCCGAAGCACUAUCACUGCAUUCUGGCUCACAUUGGGCAUUUAAAGACAGAUCUUUUUCCUUUAUUAAGGAUGUUAAAACUAUUGGGGAGAUGAUUUGUCUUAAGGAUGCUAGUAACUUAAAAAAAAUAGAAAAUCCAUUACAAUCAAUAUUAACCACACAAUAAAGCUAUUAACACAUUCAAGUUAUUAACAACAUUCAAUUCAAGUUAUUAACACAAUCAUAUUCAAUCAACAUUAAACACUCAGUAAAUCCAUUGCAAUCAAUAUUAACCAUACAAUAAGCAAGCUAAUAUACAAGAGACAACACAAACACAAUGCCACAAAAUGAAAUCAAAACUAGAACUUAUUCACUACAAGGUCUCGUACAAACCAAAAUUCAAACCGAAAAUUACUGUGUGCAGAGUGUGUCGUAAACGAAGAUAACAGGUUUGUCGGAAAGUUGUGGUGAAGAGCGGAUCGUGACGGGUGUUGCGUUGCUCGGUUGUAUAACCGUGUUGAUGUUGUAGUGA